AUGGAUGGCAUGCAGACGGACGGCGAGUUUCAGCUCCGGGACUUCGAUGUCAAGGUUAAAACUGCCUUGUCAUUGUUUGAUUCAAUGACAACAGAAGUGAAGCUCCAGGCAGUGGACAUCUGGAACUCAGCAUCUGAAAGAAUUCAAGACCUUGUGCAAUUAGCUGAGAAGUCCUUGAGCAGAAUUGAUUUUCAUCACUCCAAGCCAAUGCAAAAUGGGGACUUGGGUAGCUCACACAUAAACUUGAGCUAUGAGGCUGCCCUCUCGCCCAGUUAUGAGACGCAAAAUCUUUUGAUGCCUGGAGAUGCACUCUCUCCAUCAGUGCAAGUCCAACAGGUCCAUGUUUCAGAGAUGGUCAAGCAUCAGAGGACAUCAUUCCAUGCAUCCUGCUCUUCCGUUCAUCCCUCCUGCAAUGGAUUGGGGAAUGAGGCUCUGGACAACAUUGAUAUUGAGAGUAAGAGCUUGGAAGGAUCAGGAAAGAAUUCUCAGUUCCUGUUCUUGAACGGCAUGGGCCUCACUGCAUCUGCGGAAGAGGAAUUCUUGACGCAGUCUCCUAACAAUGAGGCUCUGAUGUCACAAGAAUCCCAGUCAAGCAAUGCUGCUUUCAUUCAAUCCAUCCUGACCAGUCAGCUGAAUCAUGGGAUCAUGGGGGAAGAUACCAGUGAGGGCUCUGAGCUUAGGGCUGCCAUCUGCAAAAACUUGGCAAUCCAGGUGAAUUCUCAGGAGGAUCUGGGAAGUUUUGCCGAUCCUGAAAAAAAGGAGGAGGAAAAGGGAUGGGUGGAUGAGACCCAAGAAGUGGGAGGAUCUGAAUUUGUCAUGGCUCAUGACCAAAUCCCAGCAUCUGGCAUCCUGGAAGAGCGAAUUCCAGAUGCGCAUGAAAAUUUGGUUUCCACUUGUCAACAAGAAAGCCAGCUACAAAAAUCGAACAAGAAGCGUAAGGAGCAAAAGGCACCCAGUGAAAAUAAGAAGAACAGAAAAAAGAUGAAUGACUCAAAUUUGCUGAGUGAGAUGGAGGACCUGAACCUCGAGGAGCUAAUUCCCCCAGAUGCAUAUGAGAAUUACUUCUCUGAGGUUCAGACCCAUGAUGGAAACAUGGCAUGGAGAUGCAAGGAAUGCAACAAAAUUUUGAACACACAAACUCAAGUGCACAAGCACCUGUUGACUCACCUGAAGCUGUUUCGGUGUCCAACCUGCAAUGCACGCUUUUCCACCAAAGCGAAUGUCAGAAGCUUGCUUGAGGGAAAGGUGAAAUUCACCUAUGUGAUGCACAGGUGCGAGUUGUGCGGUCGGAGCUUCACACAGUCAGGAGUGCUUCAGGCUCACCUUGCCAUUCAUCUGCAACAAAAACCUCAUCUCUGUGACAUGUGUGGGAAAAGUUUCCGCCAGAAGACCCAGCUUCUCGUUCAUUACAGGCGGCACAAGGGGGAUGCCAGUUUCAAAUGUCACGAAUGUGAUGCCAAAUUUGUCUCCAAGGGAGAUUAUCACCGACACCUUCAGUCCCAUACGGGAAUCAGACCAUUCACUUGUGAUCAGUGUAACAAGUCUUUCACUCGGCGACAGAGCCUCAGGGAGCACCUGAAUCGCCACCUCGGCAUCAGGCCGUACAAAUGCCCUGUCUGCACUAAAGCAUUCUAUGAGCUAUCGGGGUACUCAAAACACAUGAAGUUACAUGUGCGAGCUGAGAUGAAAGCAGAGGAGGAAGAGCAUGAGGAUGCCUCCCUGUUGAGUUUUGUCCUCCCAGAACAAGAUUCCUUGACAGACGAUGGUGGUGGGGGACAACAGGGACAAGGUCAAGUUCAUGGGCACGAGGCACACUCAGAGGAACCGGGAGAUCCUGCAGCUUACCAGAAUCACGAAAGUCACGAGCAGCAUGGCCAAGGAGGCUUGAAUGGCACCAUGGAGGAUCCAUGUCCCAUGUCCAUUCAAUCAAAUUCUCUGAGUCUCACUGCGUGUGGGUCAUCUCACGUCUUCCAGGUGUUCAGUUCGGGGAUGGGAGGAACCUGCAUGGGGCAAAUGAGCAAUAACUUUGUUCAUGAAUUCCCUGGAUCAUCAAGUGAUUUGGGCAUGCCUAUGGCAGUGGGAAUGGGUGGGACUAAUGACCUUCUCUUGACCUGUUUGGACUCACCUGACCAGAGAACUUCGUGGCAGUCAUCGACAUCCUGACGACCCACUCACAUCCUUUUUGUUCAAUCAAAAUCUCACUCACAAGCUGUGGGGGGAUAAGUGAUGCAAAAGUGAUAUCCAUUGUGAUAUUCAUCAUUUUCGGCCAUAUUGUGCUGCUUUAUGCAUCUGCACAUUAAGAUUGUUGAAAGAACUAGGUCUGUUCCAAAGUGGGGGGACUAGAUGAGGGGAGUUAUCCCAGGCUUUUUGCUGGAGUCAGAACAUUUUUGUCUUUGUGGAGGUGCAUUUAGACCUCGUGGAGUCCUAAUCAAGAUCAGAACCAGGGGCAGAAACAUUUUCUGUUGGAAGUAGGGCUUUGAAGGAAUCGAAAUGCACUGGAUUUAUUUCCAGG